GUCGCUUGUCGGUGCCGUUUGUUGGUGCGCGGGGUUUUUUUUGAUAGCUUAAAAUUGGAAUAUAUACAUGAAUUUGCUAAGCAGCCGAAGCAAGAAGUUUAUAUUAUAAAAAGAAAAAGAAGAAAAAUCCCAUAAAUUUCACUGUGAUUUGAUCGGUAAAUUUGCUUAUUUAUUAAGCAUUCUGGUGAAUGCAAAAAAGCCGAAUACUCAUCGAGCUCGCGACAAACACACAGAUAUACACACACAUUCACACACAAUUCGGUUCUGAAGCGCAAGCCACCUACAAAUUCCUCAUAAAAAUACUACACGUGAAUUGCGAAUGCAUAUGAGAAAGAUACAAAUAGAAAAUCAAAAUCUAAGCAGAAGAAAAAUUGUUAGUGAAGUGUAGUGUUGUGUAGUGCUGUGCUGUGAAGUGAAGUGAAGAGGAAGGCAGAAGUAGUGGUGACCUGUGCGCCUGUAGUUGUUGUGCUUUCUAUCCGUGUGUGUUUCCCUCCCCCAUUUUGCUGGCGCAAGUGUGAAGAGCAUAGCAGUAUCUCCUCGCUAUGGGUAAACAAAAGAUCUACUGUGCGAAAUGCACGAAAAAAUGCUCCGGCGAAGUGCUGCGCGUGGCUGACAAUCAUUUCCACAAGGCGUGCUUCCAGUGCUGCCAGUGCAAGAAGUCCUUGGCCACCGGCGGCUUCUUUACAAAGGAUGGCGCCUACUAUUGCAUACCCGACUAUCAGCGACUGUAUGGCACCAAGUGCGCCACCUGCCAGCAGUAUGUGGAGGGCGAGGUGGUCAGCACCAUGGGCAAAACGUACCAUCAGAAGUGCUUCACGUGCUCCAAGUGCUCGCAGCCCUUCAAGUCCGGCAGCAAAGUGACCAACACCGGCAAAGAGGUGCUCUGCGAGAAUUGCGUCUCCGGUGGCGCCCCAGCCACGGGCAGCGCCACCGCAUCGCCAGCCCGUCAAGCGGCUGUGACGUCACCCGCUCCGCCGGCCGAGAGUCCCACACGGGCGACAGCGCAUCAGCAGGUGACGAGCGGCGUGCUGUCGCAUAAGGCGCACCUCAAGGAGGACUACGAUCCGAACGAUUGCGCCGGCUGCGGGGAGCUGCUGAAGGAGGGCCAGGCGCUGGUCGCAUUGGAUCGGCAGUGGCAUGUGUGGUGCUUCCGUUGCAAGGCGUGCAAUGCGGUGCUGAAUGGCGAGUACAUGGGCAAGGAUGCGGUGCCGUAUUGCGAGAAGUGCUACCAGAAGAGCUUUGGCGUGAAGUGCGCCUACUGCAAUCGCUUCAUCAGCGGCAAGGUGCUGCAGGCCGGCGAUAAUCAUCACUUCCAUCCAACGUGCGCUCGCUGCACCAAGUGCGGCGAUCCAUUCGGCGAUGGCGAGGAAAUGUACCUGCAGGGCAGCGCCAUUUGGCAUCCCCGCUGCGGUCCCGGUCCCUCCGAGUCGGGCAUCAUACUCAAUGGCGGAGGCGGAGCUGGUGGCAGGCCAGGCACAACCACAUCGGUCACGGGUGGCGCCUCGAAUGGCAACUUCACAGACACCGAAUGUGAUCGCAUGAGUUCGAGUGCGCUCAGCGAAAUGUACAUCCGCUCCAGAACACCGAGUUUUAAUGGUUCACUUUAUUCCAGUAGCCGCAAGCAUUAUCGCACCGUCAGCCCGGGGCUGAUACUGCGCGAGUAUGGACGACCCAUUGGCGAGGAUAUAUCGCGCAUCUAUACCUACAGCUAUCUGACAGAUGCGCCGCAUUAUCUGCGCAAGCCGAUCGAUCCAUAUGACAAGACACCGCUGUCACCGCAUUUCCAUAGGCCCGCCUCCUAUGCCACGACCGCUAGCAAUGCCGGCUCCGUUGCCGGCAGUCGUCCCCCAUCGCGUCCACAUUCGCGCACGCGCAGCGCCAUGAAGGUGCUGGUGGAUGCUAUCCGAUCGGAGACGCCGCGGCCCAAGAGUCCGGGCAUGAACAACGAGGAGCCCAUUGAGCUGUCGCAUUAUCCGGCCGCCAAGAAGCCGCCACCAGGCGAACAGCCCAAAAUCGAGCGAGAUGAUUUCCCAGCACCUCCCUAUCCCUACACGGAUCCCGAGCGCCGGCGACGCUACAGCGAUACGUACAAGGGAGUCCCUGUUUCGGAUGAUGACGAUGAUGUGGAGAACGAGGAUGGCGAGAAUGGCAAACAAACCAAUGGCAAGGCCAAGAAUGGCGAGGAGCAAACGCGCCUGCAACGUGAGGCUGAACAGCUGGAGAAACUCAACUCGGGCAUUGGCUCUGUGAUUGCCAAGGAUCUGAAAGAGCAUGCCAAGUACAGGAAAUGGAAGCAAAACAAUUUAGAUCCACGCAAUGCUUCACGCACGCCGUCAGCCUCCAAGGAGCCCAUCUACAAGUUGAGAUAUGAAUCGCCCAUUGGCGCAUCGCCUUCACGCAAUCUGGACCACCAGAAGCCAUUCUAUGAGGAUGAGAUGUUCGAUCGCUCGACCAGUUAUCGCGGCUCCCUGGGCAAAUCUCUGGGCAAUGCGCCCAGCUACAAUGUGGUGAGUGCGCUGCGUCAUGUGCCCAAACCUGGAUACGGCUUGGCUCCACGCUCUCACACAUUCAGUUCCACAACAUCAGCCGCCGUCACGAUGCAUGGUGCCACUGAUUUCUCCUAUGGAGGUUUGGGUGACAAAACACAUAGCACAGAUCUGAGCUGCGGCAAAUCAGAGGCUUCAGUGGAUUCGAUUACUGAGGGCGAUAGGCGUGCUCUGAUGGGCGGCGAUCUGCCCGCCUCGAGCACAUACUCGGGCGCCUUGUCCUAUCACUAUCCGCAGGCGGGACUCAUUCGACGCAGUUUGCCCAACAUGGCGCACUCGAUGCUGGUGCACGAGCCUGCCAAAAUCUAUCCCUAUCACAUUUUGCUAAUUACGAACUAUCGUCUCCCAUCAGACGUUGAUCGCUGCAACCUGGAGCGUCACUUGUCAGACAUCGAGUUCGAGCACAUUUUGCAGUGCGCCAGAUCCGAAUUCUACAGGCUGCCCCAGUGGAGGCGCAAUGAGCUCAAGCGACGUGUGAAGCUCUUCUAAAUGCUACAGCCUGGAUAGAACCAGAUCCAGAUUGGCUAUUUGUGACGAAACCAAAUUAAACAAAAGAAAAAACAAUUACCUAAUCAUUUGAGGGUUCUUAACUAUAAAACAAAUGGCAGCAAAGCAAAACAGCAACAACAACAUCAAAAACAAUACAAAAGUUAAUGAAUUGAUAAAACUAUGCUAAUUUCACAGCCAGUUUUGAAACACGCUUUAAAUAUAUAAUUGAAAGAAAGGGAAAUAGUUACAUUUGAAGUGCGGACUGCAGCAAUCGCAGAUCCAGUUUAUUUUUUUAAGCAUUAGUUGCGCAGAUAACUAUUUAAAUUCUAUAAGAAAACCAAAAAAAAAAAGAA